AUGGAUUUAUCGGUUGUACCAAUUUCUUAUUGGAGCUAUUGGGCAAAUGUAAUUUAUAUUCUCGGUAUGUUUGGAUAUUUAACAAUUGAUACAAUUAAUUAUAUAUUCAAAUCAUUUAAUGAAUCUCUUUCUUGUUUUAUCUAUGUUUUUCUUGCUAUUCUAUUUGUAAUUGAUGCUACUUUAUAUAUCAUUGAUUGGUAUAUGUAUGCUGUAAAAUUACGUCAAAAUAAAGAUGAAGCAAUACAAUAUGAAGCUGAAUUAGUUGCCUGUCUUUUACAAAAUCUUGGUAGUUAUUUUUAUUUAAUUAGUGCUUUAUUAGCUUUUAAUAAAAGUCAAUUUACGAAAAUAAUUUUAUUAUUUAAUCUUAUUGGUAUUAAUGCUUUUUUAAUUGAAUCUGGUUUUAUAUUUCUUGGAUGGCGUAUUUCAUUUCGAAGAAAACCUUCAACUAAUCCAAAACGUGGUUGUGUUCCACAAGAUGUUUAUAUGUGGGCAUUUAUAAUAUAUACUCUUGCUAGUUUGAUUUAUUUAUGUGCAACAACAUUAGCCUAUCGUCUUUAUAUGAAUUUAAACAUUGUCAAUUCAAAUGGUGUACUUAUAUUACAAAUGUUAGGUGAUCUUGUCUAUUUAUUUGAUGCUUAUCUUUAUUAUGAAUGUUGGCAACGUGAUAAAGAAGACCAUGAUAGAGAUACAGAACGGCAAAGAUUAAUUGCACUUAACUUAGUAAAACAAUCAACAAUAGAAAAUUUUAAUCCUGAUAAAAAAACUGAUGAUAAUAAAUAA